UGUGAACCUCUGACUAGCGAAGUGUCUGUGCAAGUGGUAAACCUGGCCUAGACUAGCGUUGCAUCAAACACAAAUUCAUCUUCCUUGCUUAACGGAAAUUAUCCUGAAGUGUUCUUGCGACGACGUUAAACAUUUCGUUUAAAAGUUUGGUACUUAGCAUCCAUUACGCGCGCGCAAUGCUUUAGUGGACGACCGGGAGCAGUGAAAAGCAAAACAUAAAAAGGCAAGAAAAAAAAAAGAAAAAAGGACGAUUCGGUGCGGUGUAGUAGUGGCUGGGGCGAUCGACUGAUCCCCGAGGCCGCUUUUUCCUCGUGAGCGUGUUGGCCAUUUUUGCGGUUUACACGAAUAGUGUACAGACAUCUAGACGACUGCUCGCCAUACACGCUGUUACAGACGAUUUCGUCUACAUUACGAAGGAGGGGGAAAAAAAAAGCCUCGUCGAAAACCACGUCAUCGCCACAACGGGAGGAAUGAGGGAGGAGGACCUGGAGAUCGCCGUCAAGGUGGUGAUUGUAGGCAAUGGCGCCGUCGGCAAGUCCAGCAUGAUCCAGCGCUUCUGCAAAGGCGUCUUCACCAGGGACUACAAGAAGACGAUUGGCGUCGAUUUUCUCGAACGGAUCAUCGAGGUCAACUGCGAAGAGGUACGGCUGAUGCUGUGGGACACGGCCGGCCAAGAGGAGUUUGACGCCAUCACUAAAGCUUAUUACAGAGGCGCCCAGGCGGCGGUUCUGGCUUUUUCCACCGUCGAUCGUGUCUCGUUCGACGCCAUCCGCUCGUGGAAGAAAAAGGUGGAGGACGAGUGCGGUGAGAUUCCUAUGGUGAUUGUUCAGAACAAAAUCGAUCUGGUCGACCAGGCCGUCGUUGAUGCCGAAGAAGUGGAAAUGUUGGCACGCGAGCUCCACUGUCGCCUGUACCGCACGUCGGUCAAGGAGGAUUUGAACGUCAGUCAAGUGUUUCAAUAUUUGGCGGAAAAAUAUCUCAGUCAGCUGGACGCUUUGGACGAUUAUUGCACGGAACCACCUCGUUCCAUCACCAUAGAUGCUUUCGUUCCGCAUUCCGGGAACGGAUUCAACGGCCACCAGGACACGAAAGUUCAGCGAUUCCAGCGCUGGGCUUCGCGUCUGCCGCACAUCGUGGAUCGGGAUACCAUUCGACUGCAACCGUCCAACCGCAAGAAUAAGAUAAUCAUUACGAAAAACAAACUGAAGAAUGCCUGCUCUUUCUGAGUAUACACA